AUGUUAUCCAACCAUCUCAUCCUCUCCUGGCCUCUUCUCCUUUUGUCUUCAAUCUUUCCCAACAUCAGGGUCUUUUCCAUCCCCUGUCCUGUUCAGCUUGGUUCGUUAAGAAAUGACUCCUUGGAAGCACAGCUUCAUGAGUAUGUCAAACAGGGGAAUUAUGUGAAAGUGAAGAAGAUUCUUAAGAAAGGAAUUUAUGUUGAUGAAGUUAACUCCCUGGGCCAGACAGCCCUUUACAUUGCAGCAUUAUUAGGCCUUACAAAAUUAGUUGAUGUCCUGGUGGAUUAUGGAGCAGAUCCAAAUCACCGCUGCUUUGAUGGGAGUACUCCUGUCCAUGCAGCAGCAUUUUCAGGCAACCAGUGGAUCCUCAGCAAACUGCUGGAUGCAGGGGGUGAUCUUCGACUCCACGACGAGAAGGGUCGAAACCCGCAGACCUGGGCUCUGGCAGCAGGGAAGGAGCGCAGCACUGUGAUGGUGGAGUUCAUGCAGCGCUGCGCGGCGCACAUGCAGGCCAUCAUCCAGGGCUUCUCUGACCUCCUGAAGAAGAUUGACUCCCCUCAGCAGCUCAUUAGUGGCCUGCCCCGGUUUGGAGGCCUCAUGCAGGGAAACCCUAACGGCUCUCCUAACCGACCGCUGAAGGCUGGAGUCAUUUCUGCCCAAAAUAUCUACAGCUUUGGCUUUGGAAAGUUUUAUCUCACAGGAGGCACACAGCUGGCCUAUCUAGGAUCUCUUCCAGUAAUUGGAGAAAAGGAAGUGAUUCAAGCUGACGAUGAGCCCACCUUCUCUUUCUUCAGUGGCCCCUACAUGGUCAUGACCAACCUGGUGUGGAAUGGGAGCAGGGUCACGGUGAAGGAGCUGCACCUCCCCACCCACCCUCACUGCAGCAGGCUGCGGCUGGCUGACCUGUUAAUCGCCGAGCAAGAGCACAGCAGCAAGUUGCGGCACCCCCACUUGCUGCAGCUGAUGGCUGUGUGCCUGUCCCCAGACCUGGAGAAGACCCGCCUCGUGUACGAGCGCAUCACGGUGGGCACACUGUUCAGUGUCCUCCACGAACGGCGGGCCCAGUUCCCCGUGUUGCACAUGGAGGUGAUCGUGCACCUGCUGCUCCAGAUCUCCGAUGCCCUGAGAUACCUGCAUUCCCGGGGCUUUAUCCACCGUUCCCUCAGCUCCUAUGCCAUCCACAUUGUCUCCACGGGGGAAGCGAGGCUGACCAACCUGGAGUACAUGAUGGAAAGCCAGGCUGGGGGUGCACACAGGGAUCUCAGUCGAGUGCCGCUCCCCACCCAGCUGUACAGCUGGGCCGCCCCGGAGGUCAUCUUACAGAAGGCGGCCACCGUGAAGUCGGACAUCUACAGCUUUUCCGUGAUCAUACAGGAGAUUUUAACAGACAACAUACCCUGGGAUGGCUUAGAUGGCUCAGUCGUUAAAGAAACCAUUGUCUUGGGAAAUUAUUUAGAAGCUGAUGUCAGGCUUCCGAAACCUUACUAUGAUAUUGUUAAGUCAGGCAUCCAGGUCAAGCAGAAAGAUAGAGCUAUGAACCUUCAAGAUAUCCAGUAUAUUAUGAAGAAUGACUUAAAGGAUUUUAUUGGAGCCCAGAGAACUCAGCCAACUGAGAGUCCCAGGGUGCAGAGAUACGAAUUUCAUCCUGAUGUCAAUGUCUAUCUAGGACUAACUUCAGAACAUCCAAAAGAGACCCCUAACUUGGAAAUAAAAGAGCUGAAGGAGACAGGUGGUCAGUUUCAUUCCCCAAGGGGUCACUCUUCUCCCACCGAGAGAGCAACACCAGAGCCUCCUGUCCCAGAAGUAAAUCCAGUUGCCCAGCAGACUGACCGCCAAGAUGCUGCUUCUCCUGCCUGCUCUCUGGUGGAAGAGGCCAGGAGCCCCAGCCCAGAUCAGACAAGCCUCUGCAGCUUCGAAAUCAAUGAGAUCUACUCAGGCUGCCUGGACACAGCAGAUAACCAAGAGGAGGAGCAUCCAGGAACUGGCUUAUCUCUUGAGGGAGCCACACCAAACCAGACAGAUGAACUGAAGUCCAUGGAAGAAGAGCUGGAAAAGAUGGAGAGAGAGGCGUGCUGUUUUCUCGACGAAGACGAGAGCUCUUCGGACGCUGACACGGAGCUCUCCUGUGAGGACUGGGACUGGCAGAAUGGGGCGCUGCGUUCCCCCAGCCUGCCUGCGCCAGCCGGAGGAGCCAAGGGUGGCAUGAACAACCGGUCCAUGACCGAGGAGUACAUCAGUAAGUGUGUGCUGAACCUGAAGAUUUCGCAGACCUUAAUGCACCAGAAUGCUGAUUUGCUGAGGAAUAUUCAGCAGAAGAUAGAAAAGCUUGAGAUGAUACAGAAGGAGCAGGCGGAGCGCAGGUCUCUGUGGGCUUCUUCGAGAGAGUUUGCAGGCAUCCACGACUCACCUUCGGCCCUCGGCCCCCCGGCUUCCAGCUACAUCCCUCCUGUCAUGCAGCGGCUGGGGGACCAGCAGCCCGACCCGGGGGGCAACGGUCCGACUCUAGCAAGGUCUCCGAGAACAGCGAAAGAUUUUCGAGGAGGACAUUUUGGCAAAAGGUCCAAGAAAAGAAGAGACUGUGGCUGGACACCUUUAGCUUCUUUCCCCCAAGUCACUGAAGAAAGCACCGGGGAUCAGCCGGAGAAGGGCCGGCAGCUGCCAGCUCGUUGUGGCCCUGGAAAACAGAGCGGAGGUGAACAGUUCCAGCCCACUCACGGAGCCAAGGACAGUUUGGAAAGAAACAGGAACCAGAAUACCAGCAGCCAGGGAAGGCCUAGGGAGUCCAGUCCUCAAAGCAAAAUGACACAGCUCAGUAGAGCACUCCUCACCAUGCCAAGCCACCCACGGGGACCACCCGCCUCAUCCAGCCCUGGCCAGGACUCUACCAGGAUCAGCAUGCAAUCUGUGUCUUCUGAAAUCUAUAACGCAAAGUCAAGAAAUGAAGGUGAUGCAGAGAUACACUUAAAGUGGAAAACGGAGGUGAAAGAAAUGGCAGCGAAAGCAGCUACUGGACAGCUGACAGUACCUCCUUGGCAUCCUCGGAGUGGUCUGGCUUUAGACAGUGAGGCUGAACAUGAGCCUGACCCCCUGCCGCAGCUCCCCAUUAGGGUCUCUGAGCAUGUGGAUUGGCAGCAAGCUGCAGAGUAUCUCAAGAAAAGCGGUGAGCCAGGAGGAAAUAAGUGUGGCCAAACAGACAGCAGUGACCAGCGUGGCAGACAGUCAUGGCCUCAGCGUUUCACCAGUAUCAGGCACCUGCCCCCCAGAAAAGAUGAGCAGCCAGAGCACAGUGAAGUCUUUCAAGCAAGUUCGGAUGCAUCUGUGGCGGUUGAGAAGUCUUGCAGCGAUCAGUCUGCACAAUCAACUUGUUCACCAGAGUCUUCUGAAGACAUGACAGAUGAGUUUUUAACUCCAGACCAUGAAUAUUUUUACUCCUCAAUUGCUCAAGAAAAUUUGGCUUUAGAGACCUCAAGUCCCAUUGAUGAAGACUUUGAAGGAAUACAACAUGCUUGUGCCCGACCUCAAGCCUCUGGUGAAGAAAAGUUCCAAAUGAGAAAAAACUUUGGAAAAAAUGCUGAAAUUUUGACCAAGUCUCAAUUCCAGCCUAUACGAAGUACUGAAGGUGAACAAGACGAGACAUUAAAGGAGCCACCAAAGGAAACGAAAGAGAAAGAUAUAUCACUGACAGACAUUCAGGACCUGUCUAGUAUCUCCUAUGAACACGAUGGUUCUUUCAAGGAAGUCUCAUGCAAAACACCCAAAAUAAACCAUGCACCUACUAGUGUCAGUACUCCGCUCAGCCCAGGGUCAAUUUCUUCAGUUACUAGUCAGUAUAAGGACUGCCUUGAAAGUAUCCCAUUUCAGGAUACUAAAACAGGAUCUACCUCGUGCUGGACCAGUCAAGAAUCUACUCAGACUUUGUCUGAUAAAUUUACAAGUGUCCGAGAGAAAGUAAAGAGCCUAGAUUCCCUUCUUACUUCCUCUGAAAUUCUCCCUGCAAGACUGACUAAUCUCAAAAGAUUGCCUACCUUUACUGGGGCUGGUUCCUCCAGCGCUGCUAAGGCGCCUGACGCAUCAUGCAGUGCCACUCAGAGAAGGAGCCUGCCGAAAGAACUCGUAGAAGCCAUCUCGCAACAUCACAUCGAUGAGCUACCACCACCAUCUCAGGAGCUGCUUGACGAAAUUGAGCACCUGAAGCAGCAGCAGGUCUCAUCCACAGCCUUGGAUGAGAACAUAGCAAGUCAUUCGGACAGCGCUGCAGAUGAUCAAAAGCAUUUAGAAGAACAAGAAACUCACAGUAAUAAAGAAGACAGCAGUGUGCUUUGGACCAAAGAAACCCAGGAUCUAGAAGAGGACACAGAGAGAGCUCACUCUACACUCGACGAGGACCUGGAGAGAUGGCUGCAGCCCCCCGAGGACAGCACGCAACUAGCAGAUCUGCCCAGGGGCCCAGCAAGGGAGGCAAGCAGCAAAGAUCUAGAAGUUGGUGAAAAGAAGAGGAAAGGGGAAGAAAGCAUGAAGCCAGAGAGAAGGAAAUUGGAGAGCUUUUUAGGGACUUCUGAAGAAGAGGAACUGAAACCCUGUUUUUGGAAGCGACUGGGUUGGUCUGAACCAUCCAGGAUAAUCGUGUUGGAUCAGAGUGACUUGUCAGACUGA